AUGUCUUCCUAUUCGCUCCCCUCAUUCACCCUCUUCCCUAACCUCGCCCUUGAACUCCAACACCAGAUCUGGUUCUACACUCUCCCCGGUCCGCGCCUACUCCGCAUAGACUACUCUCCUAUCCUCUUCACCGGUCAGUAUGCAACCACCAAGUCGCUCGAUCUCUAUACCACUUUUCCUAGAUCCUACGGUCGCCAAUUACCCAUAAUACUGCGUAUCAACAAAGCAUCUCGUGAAUAUGCACUGACACAACUUGUCGAAAGAUUUAGUUGUUAUUGGAAUCUAAAAAUAGAUAUACCUUAUAUUCAUGCGAGAAAGUAUCGAAAAUUCGAAGCUAGAUUCAUGGUGCAGUAUUUAGCGGAAAAUGGAGGUUUGGAAGGAUUUAAGAAUUUGUCACUUGAUGUGGAUUUGCUUAAUGGAGGAGAUAGUUCUGAUAUCAUAGCAGCUGUUCAUAGCUGUCCCAAUCUCUCGAAUCUCUUCUUUGCAUAUCCGUCAAUAGGCAUCUGGGAUGAUCCAGAUUGA